UUACAGCCAAAUAUCCGUUGGCAGCAAAAGUCAGACACUUCUUUCCUUGUAUACUUGUCUCUCUGCUUCGUGUAGAAACUCAACAUCGACCCCCACCCACUUCGGAGACAAAGGGAGUUUUGGGGAGCGUAGAGAAGAGAAGACCCACACUUUGAUUUUCUAAUUGUUGGGUUAACAAAGUGAAAGAAAAUGGUAGCAAGAACCCCACCAAAGUUGCAGAACAAGAAAAUGGUGGUGCCUCCUCUAAACCCCAUUCUUCUUAGAGAAACACUAAACAAGGUUGAUAAAUGUAUGGCUAGAUUGCAAGAGCUUCAAUAUACAGUUACAGGUGGACAUAAGGUGAUUUCUGGGGUAACUCUCAGUCCCCGCAGCACCAGAGGUUAUCUGAGAACUAGCCUCAGAUGCAAACAAGAAUCUUUGAGGAUCAAGAAUGCUACUUCGCGUAAAUCUCCUCCAGGAAAAAUGCCAACAAGUGGAGGGGAAUGGCGGCGAAUGUCAUUACCAGCAAUGCUUCUAGGAGAGACAGUGGCUGAAAUUAAACAGGCAAGUCAAUUUGCUAGAGAUAUAGUGGAGGCAGUAGGUCCCAAGGGGUCUGAUGACCCGAAAACUCCACUUAUACAGAGGCAAAAUCAGAAGCCAAGCCCCGAAAACUCUGAGCUCCGAUCACGUAGAAAGAGAGAGAAACAGGUAACCUUGCAAACGAUGAGGACAGAGUCUGAUACACCAUCAAAACGACGAGCAAAAUCACGAAUAAACUUCAAGGUUUCUCCAGUGCAGCAGAAGGAGUGUGAAAAAGAAAAUUGCAAAUACAUUGCAAAUAGAGUUUCACCAAGGAAUAGGCCAUGGGUGAAAAAGACUGUCCUUUUUCCGAACCCACUGUUCCAUUCAUCAACAACUUCACAGCAGCAGAAAUUAUCUAAAACACAAGCUCCAGUGAUUGCAAGAAAUCGACAAUCACCCCAUAAGUUCUUGGUGAAGUCCCCACCCAAGGCCCCAAAGCUUCAAAUGAAAAUCAGAAGCCCCCAAAAACUUCAUACAUCUCCUACCAGAGUGACAAGUUUGGGUACUAAGUUCUCGACAAAGUCUCCACCCAAAGCCUCAAAGUUUCAAGUGAAAAUCAGGAGCCCCCCACAACUUUCUGUGUCUCCUACCAGAGUAACAAGUUCGGGCACUAAGUCUUUGGCUAAGUCUCCACCAAAGUUUCAAGUGAAAAUCAGGAACCCCCCACAACUUUCUGUGUCUCCUACCAGAGUAACAAGUUUGGGCACUAAGUCUUUGGUGAAGUCUCCACCAAAGUUUCAAGUAAAAAUCAGGAGCCCUCCACAAAUUUCUGUCUCUCCUACUAGAGCAACAAGUUUGAACAAGAGGUCCCCAAAGAUGUCUGCAGCUGCCAAACUGAGAAGAUCAUUUUCUCCAUCAAGAUUGGCAAACAAGAUAGCUUCUUCACCAUCCAAAAUGAGGUCAUUUUCACCAUCAAGAUUGGCAAACAAGAUAGCUUCUUCACCCUCCAAAAUGAGGUCAUUUUCACCAUCAAGAUUGGUAAGUAGGUUAGCUUCACCAUUAAAGAGCAAAAAAUCUGUACAGAAGAUUGAUGGGAUGAAGAUGAUGAUGAGUGGACUCAAACAGCGACCACGAGCUUCAACCACAUCAAAGCAAUUCUCAGUUCAGGGAAUGUAAAUUGAUUUUGCUUGAAGAUUGAAAGAUUCUUCGUUCUUUGAAGAUAUUUUCUCGAUGUCCUUUCUUAGUUGGUACAACAGGAGAGUUUUCUCCUUUACAACUUCUAUUACUUUCAAGAUUGUAUAAUUUGUUUUGUAAAAUUGUGAGGUACUUCCUCGAUAAGGUAAAUAACAAUGGUUUUUUCCUAAAGA